AUGGCUAACGAGAUAGCGCAGUCUCACCUUCUAUCAAGCACGUCCUCGGAGGGGUCGGGUGGCGAGACUUCACCACCACCCACCGGUCCAUCGGACCUAUUUCUGCCAACGCAGGCGGUCCAGCCUCCAGGGAAAGACGACAUUGAUUGGAAUGGGGAUGUUGACAAGGCCACAUCUAGCCUCGUGACACUACUCACCGCUAACGGUGAGAAUACAUUAGACACCAAUGGCCCUAAGUGUACCCAAUUCCAACUCAAGGGAGUUGGGAUUGGGUACACUUAG